AUGUCAGUGCAGGAAUAUCUGGACAAGCACAUGCUUUCCCGGAAAAUAGAGGACGCCGUGAAUGCGGCGGUUAGGGCUAAGACGCCGGAUCCAGUUCUAUUUAUCUCCAAUCACAUGAGAAAAGCUGUAUCGUCUGCAAUUACCAAGGUCAAGGCCAGGCAAAUUCUCGAUAGCAGAGGAAUUCCCACUGUUGAAGUUGAUUUGUUCACCAACAAAGGGAUCUUCCGCGGUGCUGCCCCCAGCGGUGCCUCUUCUGGAAUGUAUGAGGCUAUUGAAUUGCGCGAUGGAGACAAGGGAACAUAUCUUGGAAAUGGUGUGAGUAGGGCUGUCAAGAAUAUCAAUGAGAAAAUAUCUGAAGCUUUAAUCGGUAUGGAUCCAACUCUCCAAGCUCAAAUUGAUCAAGUCAUGAUUGACUUGGACAAGACAGAGAAGAAGGGCGAACUUGGGGUCCCACUCUACAAACACAUUGCUGAUCUAGCAGGCAAAACCAAUUUUAAUCUUCCUAUUCCUGCCUUCACUCUCAUCAAUGGUGGGAAAUAUGCUGGGAACAGUCUGGCAAUUAGGGAAAUUACGAUUCUCCCUGUUGGAGCAAGAAAAUUUGAGGAGGCAUUGCAAAUGGGUGCAGAAACUUAUCAUCAUUUAAAGGCUGUAAUUACAGAAAAAUAUGGUGCACAUGAAUGUAAUGUUGGGGAAGAUGGUGGUUAUGCUCCAAAUAUUUCCAGCUUUAAAGAAGGUUUGGAUCUUGUGAAGGAGGCCAUUGGCAGAACAGGCUAUAAUGACAAAAUAAAGAUAGCAAUUAAUUUUGCUGCUACUGAGUUUUGCAUAGGUACUAAGUAUGAUUUGGAUCAUAAAUCUCCAUAUAAAUCAGGUCAAAAUUUCAAGUCAGGAGAAGAUAUGAUUGAUAUGUACAAAGAACUCUGCGAAGAGUACCCUGUUGUAUCAAUUGAAGAUCCAUUUGAUAAGGAGGAUUGGGAACAUGUCAAGUAUUUUUCUGGUCUUGGAAUAUGCCAGGUUGUGGGAGAUGACUUGUUGAUGUCAAAUCCAAAACGAAUACAUAGAGCUGUGCAAGAGGCAGCUUGCAAUGCACUUAAUCUAAAGGUUAACCAGGUUGGGACUGUGACAGAGGUCAUUGAAGUGGUCAAGUUAGCAAAGGAUGCCCACUGGGGUGUGGUGAUAUCUCAAAGAAGUGGAGAGACUGAAGAUUCUUUCAUAGCUGAUUUGUCAGUCGGUCUUGCCACUGGUCAGAUUAAAGCUGGUGCACCUUGCCGUGGAGAGAGGCUAGCUAAGUACAAUCAGUUGCUUAGAAUUGAAGAAGAGCUUGGUGAUCAAGGUGUUUAUGUUGGUGAUGACUGGAGACACUACUGA